CGCCUCCCGCCUCGCGCCCAUGGCCGCGUCCGUGGAUUUCAAAACCUAUGUGGAUCAAGCUUGUAGAGCUGCAGAUGAGUUUGUCAAUAUUUAUUAUGAGACAAUGGAUAAGAGGAGAAGGGCUUUAACCAGACUAUAUUUGGACAAAGCCACGUUAGUUUGGAAUGGGAAUGCAGUGUCUGGGCAAGAAGAACUAAAUAAAUUUUUUGAAAUGUUGCCAUCAAGUGAGUUCCAGGUUAAUGUGUUGGACUGCCAGCCUGUUCACGAACAAGCUACUCAAGGCCAGACAACAGUGCUCGUGGUGACAAGUGGGACUGUCAAAUUUGAUGGCGAUAAGCAGCGCUACUUCAAUCAGAACUUCUUGCUGACAGCACAGGCCACCCCGACCAACACCGUGUGGAAGAUCGCCGGGGAUUGCUUCCGCUUCCAGGACUGGGCCAGUUAGCAGGGACUGCCAGGGCAGUGACCUCUCUCAUUUGGCACGAAGGAGUCCACUGUGCAGGCAGCUGUUCUCCCCAGGGAACACACGCGCUCUUUGUGUUGCAUCUGUUGUUAUGGAAGGUCCGCAGAUCCUUCGGGGUUGGUUCCAGUGACCACGGCUUUAGUAAUAAUCUUAAAAUGUGAGAGGUUGCUCGUGUUAGUUGAAUUUAGUGAAGUGCUGAAGGCAGUGAGCUGUACUCGAAUCAUUCCUCAAAUGCCUUACAUGCAGCUGUGCUGCCGCUGCUGAAUGCUCAAACUCUGCUAUUUAAGUACAAAAUCCUAUUCAUAUACAAUUCUGACCAAAUGUAGUUUUUUUUCAACUUGAAAAGACCUGUUUUUACAGUAGCAUCUUCUUUUUUGAAGAAGAUGCUUGUGGCAUGUGGAUGGAAUUCCGAAAGCUACCUACUCCUGGUUGUAAGAGGCUGGGAAGGAUUGCAGUGGUUUCUACUGUUUGUGAAAGGAGCAAAUCUCUCAAUCCAUUGGAAAGGUAAUGUUACCUUCUCUGAUGUGAUAGAACUAAAUAAUCUCAUCGGGUUUCCUUCUGGUCUGAGCUUCCCAGACUUUGGUCAUGGUUAAUUUACAUGGAUUCACAUGUAGGGCAUGCUGAAUGAUUCGGAGCUCCUGUGCCAACAACUUGCCACAUGCAUGUAAAGGACUUCAAACUGAAUAUAUUUCUUUUGAAGUCUUACAGUGACCUAGAAAUAGGUUGGUAACAUGAUUUCUGUUUGCUUUAACUGUUCAUUCUGUUGCUAUGAGGUUUGGACUAUUUUUCCUAUGUUAAGUCUGCAGCUUUUGAAUCCUUUUUGUCUUUUCAAGAACCAUUGUAGUUACAAAGUGGCACUGAAAGUGUGUAUUACUGUGAAGCCUUCAAUUUUUCUCUUCAGUACUGUUAUUCAGAACAGGUGCUUGAAUUAUUUUCAAGAACAGCAGCUCUGCACCACAAACACUAUCUUCCUCUCAUGCAGGUUUUUACUGUAUUUUUCAUGUUCUUUGUAAACAUGGCCUUGAAUUAUUGAUUCUGGGGCGUUUUGUGUGUCUUGCUUUGAAUUUGCAGUUUAAAGCUUUCAGCUGCUUUAAAAUAGUUUUCAAGACUGCAGGUUAAGAGUGUCUGUCUUAACUUGGGAACUUAAGAGUAAAUCUGGAUAUCAGCAGAUUUGUUUCAAAUUGGUCUGUUUCUGUUUUAAGCUAAAAAACAAACAAACAACCCCCAAAAUGUAGCUGUAUCUGUGAGCACUUGCUUGUAACUAAAAAUACAGGAGGGGAGCUUGUAACUCCCAUCAUAACCCGUGUGAUAAUGACAACAGCAGUCUGAAAGCAGUUACAGCUGCAGCUCACUGGUUCUAUGGCUUAAAUGGAGAAAACUGUGAAAAUGAGCAAUAUCUGACAUGUGUAAAACAUCCUAAAGCAUCUGUAGUUUGCGAUAUAAUCCCACAAAUAACGGAGUGUUUAGGUGAAAUGGGCAGCUGUAUUUCCUUUUCAGGCCCUCUAGUCUUUACACCAGUAAGUUAGAAUUAGUAAUUUGUGUCUAUUCAGAGGCUGUUUAUGGUCAGAAGUAUUGUGUACCUAUUUUUCAGGCUGAGGAAUUUGAAUUCCUGCAGACCAGUGCAGGAACAGAAUUUUUGAAAACUGUAAAUAUUGUAAAUACGUUGUUAUUUCUGUAUGUAGUGAAGAAAGGAUCACUCUAUUUAAUUACUGUUUGUUCUUAAGAGAAUACACAAUGUUCAUAUAUUUGUAUUUCCUAUACAAGUUUGAAAAGACAACAUAACCCUAAACCUGCCUGUAACUGGUACAGCAUUGUUGAACUGUGACACUGGUGUGGUGUACUCUACUGGCUGUUUAAUUUGCUCUUGAUUGUGUAAGUGGUGUUACAGAUCUGCUUUGCAAACACAAAACAGGUUUUGCCUUUUAAAAUGUAGUAAUGGGUGCAACUGUAGCAUUGGCUUGUUGGACUUUGAAGGCGGUCACCAGAACACACACUUAUAUCAGUACCUGAUAAGAUUGUCAUGUGAAUAAAUACUUUUUGGAUAUUUUUA